AUGGAUGAUAUAUUGACAUCAUUAUCGUAUUCAUUAAUAUCAAAUAAAAGAUUUGCUAUAACUUCCAAUAAUCCAAUCAAAUCAAGUGAUAAGUUCACAAACUAUUUAAUAAAUCAUGAAUUAUUCAUGCUGAAUUUACAAGAUGAAAGCACUACAUUAAAAUCAAUAGAUUCCGAAUCAUUAAAUCAAUAUGAGAAUUUUAACUUCGCAGUUAUUGAUUUAUUACAAAUUGAUUCAACAAUUGAACUUAUAAAACGAAUGAUUUAUAAAAAAGAUGAAUUUUACCAUCUUAAAAAUCUUAUCAUAUGGCAGAAUUUACAAUUAUUAUCUGAUAGUCAAUUUAAAUUAUUAUACAAAUUGAUUUUACAACUUGACCAAUUUGAAAUGAUUGAAAAUUAUAAUAAUAAUAAAAUUGUAAUUGAAAUUGAUAAAUUCGAUAAUAUUGAUACCGAUCAGACGCAUAUUGAAAUUAUAAAACCUGAAUUGUUUUCAAUUGUGUUGUUUUUAGAUGUUAACCUAUAUCUGAAUAAGAUUUAUAUGCUUUUGAAGGAGAAGUUUUGGUUUUCGAUAUAUUGGAAUACCGAAGAAGGUGUCAAAAAUGGAAUAGAGAAGGUUAAGACAAAGGUUGAUUCGGAUAUUGGUUAUACUGAAAUGAUCUUAAAAUUACGGAACAAAUUAGAUACUGUGUUUGUUGCUCCUGAUAUUAAACGAUAUAUUUAUUCAUUGGCUGUAUUUACAAGAUGUCAUAGAUUAGCUUCAAUCUCACCAAAGACAGUUAGAAUAUCAACACAAGUUAUAGAUUAUGUACUUGAUUUAAGUAAAGUGAUAGUACUAUGGAAUAAUAAAGAUCAAUUCCUAUCUAAAAAACAAGGGCAAAUAAGUAAUAGCACAGUUGAAAAUCAAGAAUUAUAUGUCACUCCAACAGUUGUAAAAACUGCAUUCAAGAAGGUUUGUUAUUGGUUGGUUGAUUGGGAAUAUAAUAAACAAUUCUUACCUAAACAAACUCAAAAACAAGAGACAGAAUCUACUGAUCAAGUAAGUGAAGUUCAUCAAGAACAAGAUAAAUUGUCAGAAUAUAAUAAACAAUUACAAAUUGCAUUUCUAACUGGAGAUUGGUAUGGAUGUGAUUACUAUUACGUUGAUAAGUACCUUAAAAAGCAUGAAAAUGAGUUGAAGAGAGAUAGUUCAACAGGAUAUACUAAUAAACUAAUAGAUGAUGUGCUAAAUAGUGUUAGACCACCAUUAUGA